UUCAUUUGGUGGCACAUUUGUGUGGUGUACCUUUAAAUUCCAAAGAAACUAAAGAGUCUGAACUUAGUUGGAAAAAAUCACUAGCAGCAUGGAAGCGACUUGUCGCUUAUGUUAGCAAAUUAACACCUUUCCAACUCCCGGUUAAUGGUGCCGUUGAACCGAUCCAAACAUUUCUUGAGAAAAAUUCUCCUCCUUUAUUGCAUAUAGCUCUCUCCAACUUUGAAAACACAAAAAAAUGCAAAAAACUCCUUGAUGAUUCGGAACAAGCAUCCCACAUGGUUGAUGACAUGAAACAAGUAAUUCAGAAGCCUCCAGCACCAAGUUCUCAUCACAAACAACACCAUCCCAAAAAAAAAACAAGAAUCGCAAACAAGAGAUGCUGUCGACGGAGAUAUGAAUGCAAACCUAGAAAAAACCGCCAAAAUCUUGAAACAACAGAAAAAAUUUAUCGCAAACGCACACAAAGUAGUUGAAACCCAACAAGACAAAAUUGAUCAGGUUUUAGAAAAGUUUGCUGCACUGGCUACAUUUUUAGAAACAUAUGGCCUAGAUGACAACUUGGAAGCAAAAAUCGCGUCUGCAUCGUCUGAAGAGAACAAGAAUGAGAGAGAGAAAAAAAUGUUGGACAAACUGCGACGUGUGUACGAACGUAUCAAAGAAAACGCGAAAAAGGAGGGAAAAACAGAAGUAAAGAAGGACGAGAUAGCGACGAUCGGGAAAGAGCUCGAAAAGCUUCAACUUUGCCAGGAAGUUCUCGAUAAUAUAUUCAAAAAUUAAAUAUUCAAUCACUGUUUACCUAAAUAUAAGUUUUAAUAAUUGGAAA